AUGGCUAAAACCCACCAGCAAAUUCUAGAGGAGAUUAAUGAAAUACAAGCUGGCCAUGAGCUCUCUAUUAUCAAAUUAGGAGAACCUCUCGCGGCGCCGAUCAAAAAUCAGACAGGAAUUCGACGGUCAGAUGUAUCAACAGAUGGAUUUGACAAUCCAACUCCAGCCAGUCUUGAGGCAGACUUAGAGCACUACAAGGAAUUGUUCUCAAAACUUAGAUUUUCUUACUUGGAACAAGUCACGAAAGAGAAGUUUAUCCGUGCGAUUGUUGGCGACCCGCCACUUGUUGUUGAACACCAAGAAAAUGUUGAAUUGGAGCGAUCACUCGCCGUCUCAAAAGCGUCACUGAAGGCCCAAAAGACUGAAGUCGCUGAACUGGUGGAACAGCUAGAAGAAAAGGGCCGUCAAUUAUGUCGAAAAUAUGAAAAUGUUCAGUUGCAAAUCACACAAUUGCAAGAUCUUCCUCAGCGAAUAGACGAGUUGCAAUCUAGUGUGGAGAAAUUGAAAGCCUCGCAAGCUCCGGGCUCACAUCCUACUCUAAAUAUGCCGCUCGAUAAGACCUUAGCAUUAGUAGAGGAAAGGCAGAGAGAGAAAUCAGAUCUGGACAGACAGCUGGAACAGCUACAGCUACUACUUCCCCGGAAAACCAGGGAAUUGGAGAGGCUGAAUGCAGAAUUGCAGCCGCUGGAGGUUAAGAGGUUGGGAAGCACAGGUGCAGCGAAAGAGGCGAAGAGGAGGAAAGAAGAGGCUUUGGGCGGAGUUGGGGACGACCUUGAAGAGCGAGGCAGAUGGUGGAGAGGCGUGGAGGGCGGGUUGAAGGGAAUGUUGGAAAUGCAAAAUUGA